UAAUAUAUAUAGAAACAAUUUCGAAAUUGAUCCAAACGGCAUCAUGUCGUCUAUAACACGCUUGUGCGUAUUCUUGCUUUUUGCGAGUAGUUGUUUUGCUAAGAUUCAUAAUAAGAAGUGGUGGAAUAAUACUGUUUUUUAUCAAAUUUAUCCUAGAAGUUUAUAUGAUUCGGAUGCUGAUGGAAUAGGCGAUCUGAAGGGAAUAACUUCAAAGUUGGAUUAUAUCGCAGAAAGUGGCAUCAAUGCGAUUUGGUUAUCGCCGAUAUACUCGAGUCCCAUGGUUGAUUUUGGAUAUGACAUAUCUAAUUUUCUAGAAAUUGAUCCAACUUUUGGCUCAUUGGAAGACUUCAAAGCUCUUCUGGCGCGCGCUAAAGAACUUGGUUUAAAAGUGGUUCUUGAUCUUGUGCCGAAUCAUACAUCCGACAAGCAUAUAUGGUUCCAAAAGGCUCUUGAAGGUAAUAGGAAAUAUAAGAAUUACUAUAUAUGGGCAGAUGGCAAAAAUAAAGAUGGUCAAACGCCACCUAACAAUUGGAUCAGCGUAUUUAGUGAUUCCGCGUGGACUUACGUUGAGUCACAGAAACAAUGGUAUCUUCAUCAGUUUGAUUACAGACAGCCUGAUCUAAAUUUCCGUAAUCCUCUAGUAAGAGCAGAGAUGCUAAAAGUCUUGAAAUUUUGGUUGGAUUUGGGUAUAGACGGAUUCCGUGUUGAUUCCACACCAUUUAUUUAUGAAGAUAUAUUUUUACGGGAUGAACCUAGAAGUUACGUGGACGGUGCUACGUCGCGAGAUUAUACAUAUUUGGACCACAUUUAUACUACGGAUCUAAUCGAAACAUACAAGUUGUUUGGAGAAUGGCGAAAAUUUAUCGAUUUAUAUGCCUUUACGCAUAAUCAGGAUCAGAAGUUAUUAGUAAUGGAGGCGUAUACGAAUUUGGAACACACUAUACAAUAUUAUGAUUACGAUGUGCUGCCAUUCAAUUUUAACUUCAUCAUAAAUGUAAAUGCGCAAUCGUCCGCUCAAGACUUUAAACGAGAAAUAGAUGCAUGGAUGAAUUUAAUGCCAAGUGGUGAAAUUGCUAAUUGGGUUUUGGGAAAUCACGAUAAUCCGCGCGUUGCCUCUCGUUUUCCCGAUAGAUUGGAUCAAAUGACUAUGUUGUCUAUGAUUUUACCGGGUAUGGCAGUGACAUAUAAUGGUGAUGAAAUCGGCAUGGUGGAUAAGAGAGACAUAUCUUGGAGUGAUACGAAGGAUCCUCAAGCAUGUAACGCGGGCCAAGCGCAAUAUAUGAAUGUGUCCCGUGAUCCAGAACGCACGCCAUUCCAAUGGGAUGCGACGCGAAAUGCAGGUUUUAGCACAGCGAACACGACAUGGCUUCCAGUAAAUCAGAAUUAUAAGAAAUUAAAUUUGGCGAAGCAGAUGACAGCGACUAAAUCGCAUUACAAGAUUUACAAAAGUUUAGCUCUCAUGCACCGUACGGAACCAGCUCUUACCCAAGGAAGUUAUAAAUCGAUCACAACGAAUAAUGAUACUGUUUUGAAUAUUAUUCGAAACAAUGGUUAUGGUCGCGUCGUGGUGCUUUCAAUUAACUUUGACGACAAUGAAAAGCAAGUUGUAAAUUUGUCACAAGAAGAACUUCCGUCGAAAUUGAUCGUCAAAGUUGCCAGUUUGAAUUCUAAAGUAAAACUUGGGAAACUAGUUGACGUGGACAAGAUAUCUCUACCUGCAAAAGCUGCUGUAGUAUAUACGACUAUAUAAAUACAUUAUUCUCGAAUUAUUUAUAUUAAAAAAUUUAGUUAAUUGCAUUUGUGAAUUA